UCAGCGGGGCUCUCGGGGCGGCGGGCGGAGACCAAUCCGUGGUCUGUCCCAGCAGGAAGCGAAUCCCGGCCGCCGUCGUCUCCGGUGCUCGCCCUCGGCCGCUGCGUCGCGCUCUACCUUCGCGCCCGCAGCCCGGCAGACUCUCCACCGCCGCGACCCCUCGCGCACCUGCCUCGCCGGGAGAUAGUGGAUAACCCCCUUCAAAAUGGAAGACGGAAAGCCCGUUUGGGCCCCCCACCCCACAGAUGGGUUUCAGAUGGGCAAUAUUGUGGAUAUCGGCCCUGACAGCUUAACAAUCGAACCCUUGAACCAAAAAGGCAAGACAUUUUUGGCUCUCAUAAACCAAGUGUUCCCUGCAGAAGAGGACAGCAAAAAGGAUGUGGAAGAUAACUGUUCACUGAUGUACUUAAAUGAAGCCACACUCCUCCACAAUGUCAAAGUCCGGUACAGUAAAGACAGAAUCUAUACAUAUGUCGCCAACAUUCUGAUAGCAGUGAAUCCAUAUUUUGAUAUACCUAAAAUAUAUUCUUCAGAUACAAUAAAGUCAUAUCAAGGAAAAUCUCUUGGGACAAUGCCACCUCAUGUCUUUGCAAUUGCUGAUAAGGCUUUUCGGGACAUGAAGGUGCUCAAGAUGAGCCAGUCUAUCAUUGUAUCUGGAGAAUCAGGAGCUGGCAAAACAGAAAAUACAAAGUUUGUUCUAAGAUACCUCACAGAAUCUUAUGGAACGGGUCAAGAUAUUGAUGAUAGAAUUGUUGAAGCUAAUCCACUUUUAGAAGCUUUUGGAAAUGCAAAGACUGUUCGUAACAAUAAUAGCAGCCGAUUUGGAAAAUUUGUGGAAAUUCAUUUCAAUGAAAAGAGUUCGGUUGUUGGAGGAUUUGUUUCUCAUUAUCUUCUGGAGAAGUCUAGGAUCUGUGUUCAAGGCAAAGAGGAGCGGAAUUACCACAUUUUUUACAGGCUGUGUGCUGGGGCCUCAGAGGACAUCAGGGAGAAGCUUCACUUGAGUUCCCCAGACAAUUUUCGGUAUUUAAACCGAGGCUGCACCAGAUACUUUGCUAACAAAGAAACUGACAAACAGAUCUUACAGAACCGAAAAAGUCCUGAGUAUGUUAAGGCAGGUUCCUUGAAAGACCCUCUCUUAGAUGACCAUGGAGAUUUUAUUAGGAUGUGCACAGCCAUGAAAAAAAUUGGUCUGGAUGACGAAGAAAAACUUGAUCUGUUUCGAGUCGUAGCUGGUGUCCUGCACCUUGGAAAUAUUGAUUUUGAGGAAGCUGGAAGCACUUCAGGUGGCUGCAAUCUGAAGAACAAAUCUGCCCCAUCAUUGGAAUAUUGUGCUGAAUUGCUGGGUUUGGACCAAGAUGAUCUGCGAGUCAGUUUAACCACUAGAGUCAUGCUCACCACAGCAGGGGGCACCAAAGGAACCGUUAUAAAGGUCCCCUUGAAAGUGGAGCAAGCAAACAAUGCUCGUGAUGCUCUGGCAAAGACUGUCUACAGCCAUCUUUUUGAUCAUGUGGUAAAUAGAGUGAACCAGUGUUUUCCUUUUGAAACAUCAUCUUAUUUUAUUGGAGUCCUGGAUAUUGCUGGUUUUGAGUACUUUGAACACAACAGCUUUGAGCAAUUUUGUAUCAACUAUUGCAACGAAAAACUUCAACAGUUCUUUAACGAAAGGAUCCUGAAGGAGGAACAAGAGCUCUAUCAGAAGGAGGGCCUGGGUGUUAAUGAAGUGCAUUACGUGGACAAUCAGGACUGUAUAGAUUUAAUUGAAGUGAAAUUAGUGGGAAUCCUGGAUAUUCUGGAUGAAGAAAAUCGUCUUCCCCAGCCGAGUGACCAGCACUUCACAUCUGCAGUUCACCAGAAGCACAAAGACCAUUUCCGGCUCACUAUUCCCAGGAAAUCUAAGCUGGCAGUCCACAGAAACCUCAGAGACGAUGAAGGCUUUAUCAUCAGGCACUUCGCAGGGGCCGUGUGCUAUGAGACCACCCAGUUUGUGGAGAAAAAUAACGAUGCACUACACAUGUCUCUUGAAUCCUUGAUAUGUGAGUCCAGGGAUAAGUUUAUACGGGCCUUGUUUGAAUCAUCCACAAAUAACAACAAAGAUACGAAACAAAAGGCGGGAAAACUUAGCUUCAUCAGCGUGGGAAACAAGUUCAAGACACAGUUAAAUUUGCUUCUGGAUAAACUUCGAAGUACUGGAGCCAGCUUCAUUCGCUGCAUCAAACCCAACUUAAAGAUGACAAGUCACCACUUUGAAGGUGCCCAAAUUCUGUCUCAACUUCAGUGCUCAGGUAUGGUGUCUGUCCUGGACUUAAUGCAAGGAGGGUUCCCCUCAAGAGCCUCGUUUCAUGAACUCUACAACAUGUACAAAAAGUACAUGCCAGAAAAACUUGCAAGGCUGGAUCCAAGGCUAUUUUGUAAGGCUCUUUUUAAAGCUUUGGGAUUAAAUGAAGUUGACUACAAGUUUGGGCUAACAAAAGUAUUUUUCAGGCCUGGCAAGUUUGCAGAAUUUGAUCAGAUUAUGAAGUCUGACCCAGAUCACUUAGCAGAGCUGGUUAAGAGAGUCAACCUUUGGCUAGUCUGCAGUCGCUGGAAGAAAGUUCAGUGGUGUUCGCUCUCUGUCAUCAAACUGAAAAACAAAAUAAAAUAUCGAGCCGAAGCAUGCAUUAAAAUGCAGAAAACCAUCCGAAUGUGGCUUUGCAAAAGGAGACACAAACCACGCAUCGAUGGCCUGGUUAAAGUGGGCACACUGAAGAAAAGACUCGAUAAGUUUAACGAGGUCGUGAGUGCACUGAAGGAUGGGAAGCCGGAGGUGAACAGGCAGAUCAAAAACUUGGAAGUUUCCAUUGAUGCUCUGAUGGCCAAGAUCAAGUCCACCAUGAUGACGAGGGAACAAAUACAGAAAGAAUAUGAUACACUAGUUAAAAGCUCAGAAGAUCUCCUCAGCGCACUGCAAAAAAAGAAACAGCAAGAGGAGGAGGCGGAGAGGCUGAGACGUAUUCAAGAGGAGAUGGAGAAAGAAAGGAAGAGGCGUGAAGAAGACGAACAGCGUCGGCGGAAGGAGGAGGAGGAGAGGCGGAUGAAGCUUGAGAUGGAAGCAAAGAGGAAACAAGAAGAGGAGGAAAGGAAGAAGCGGGAGGAUGACGAGAAACGUAUCCAGGCUGAGGUGGAGGAGCAGCUGGCCAGACAGCGGGAGGAGGAGUCCCAGCAGCAGGCGGUCCUGGCCCAGGAGUGCAGGGACCGGGAGCUGGCCCUGCGCAUUGCCCAGAACGAGUCAGAGCUCAUCAGUGAUGAGGCGCAGAGUGACCUGGCGCUCCGAAGCUUGAGUUCCUGUCCAGCAACUUCUAAAACUAAUGGAGCAAGACACCAAAUGACACCGGAACAAAUGGCCAAAGAAAUGUCAGAGAUUUUGAGUAGAGGUCCUGCUGUACAAGCUACCAAGGCAGCUGCUGGUUCCAAGAAACACGAUCUCAGCAAAUGGAAAUACGCGGAGCUCCGUGACACAAUCAAUACUUCUUGUGACAUCGAACUCCUGGCAGCUUGCAGAGAAGAAUUUCACAGGAGACUGAAAGUGUACCAUGCUUGGAAAUCCAAGAACAAGAAGAGGAAUACGGAAACAGAGCAGCGCGCUCCCAAGUCUGUUACGGAUUAUGAUUUUGCACCAUUUUUGAACAAUUCACCUCAGCAGAACCCCGCAGCUCAGCUCCCUGCCAGGCAGCAGGAGAUUGAGAUGAACCGGCAGCAGCGUUUCUUCCGCAUCCCCUUCAUCCGCCCUGCUGACCAGUACAAAGACCCUCAGAGCAAGAAGAAGGGCUGGUGGUACGCCCAUUUUGACGGGCCGUGGAUUGCUCGGCAGAUGGAGCUGCACCCGGACAAGCCACCCAUCCUUCUUGUAGCAGGCAAGGAUGACAUGGAGAUGUGUGAAUUGAAUCUGGAGGAGACAGGUCUGACUCGGAAGCGGGGUGCUGAGAUCUUGCCCAGACAGUUCGAAGAGAUCUGGGAGCGCUGCGGAGGCAUCCAGUACCUUCAGAGCGCCAUCGAGAGCAGGCAGGCCCGGCCCACCUACGCCACAGCCAUGCUGCAGAACCUGCUCAAGUAGAGAGCAGGCAGCGAGCCUAGCCCUGGCCUGCGCAGGCAGGGAGGUAACCAGGAGGUUCACCGCUUCCCUGCUCCUGGUAGAGAUGCCUUAUGCAAAGUGAACAGAUUUUUAAUAAUCAUGGAGUUUUGUUAAUUUGUUCAAGGUUAAUUAAGGUUGAGGGUAGUGGAUUCAGGACCUAGAGAGAGACUGGCCCUGAGUCUAGCAGUGACUCCCCCCACCUCCCACUGCUCUGCUGCUCUCUGCACCUGGACAGAUCCGAUACUCUCCCUGUUUGCACGCCCACUACCUUAAGUGUACGGUGGUGCUUCUCAAGGACAAGACUUUUUUUUUUUUAAUUUCAAAAUAUUUGAUUUUUUAAAAGGAUGAUACAGUGCCUUUAUAAGUGAGAUAAUGAAAUCUUAGCCUAAUUUUGUGCAAGAAUUAAGGUACUUGAGCUGAUCAAGGCACAGGUGUUUUUGGUCCAAAAAGCCGUAUUUUGUCUGCUUUUUCAGAAAUCCAUGGAAAUGGAUUUCCCCCUUCUUGCAGUGUGCUUAGCCCGAGUUCUAGAAAGAGCCUUAAUGUAUCAAAUGUCUUGUGUGCAGAGGAGGCGCUGGGCAUAUGCAGCACAGACGUGGGUGCUUUCUCUACCAAGCUCUGUGUUACCUUUGGAAUCCCCUCUUCCUAAUCCAUGGUCAAGUGAAGGAAAUUUGGAUUAUUCAAAUGACUGGAAGUUUUGAUAAUCGUUUUGUUUCAUUUUGUAAGGGGCGCAGGGUUGCUUGCGGUGGUGACUCUACUGGACUGAAUUUCAGUGCUUUCCACACUCCAUCUCAACUGUAACUUCUCAGUUCGGACUUGUCCCUGUUGUUUCACGUGACGUAAGC